AUGCAGACUCCGCAGAAAAGCGCAAGCCUCAGACCCUUCAAGCAGAGGAAGAGCUUAGCAACCAGACAAGAAGAAGUUGCUGGAAUCCGGGCAAAGUUCCCAAACAAGAUCCCGGUGGUCGUGGAGCGCUACCCCAGGGAGCAGGUCCUGCCCCCACUGGACAAGACCAAGUUCCUGGUCCCCCAGGAGCUGACCAUGACCCAGUUCCUCGGCAUCAUCCGGAGCCGCAUGGUCCUCGGGGCCCCUGAAGCCUUUUACCUGCUGGUGAACAACAGGAACGUGGUCAGCAUGAGCGUGACCAUGGCUGAGAUCUACAGGGACUACAGGGACGAGGACGGCUUCCUGUACGUGACCUACGCCUCCCAGGAGGUGUUUGGGGGCUUGGCGUCGGCAGCCCCCGGGGAUGGAGCAGCCCGGGGGGUAGACCCUGCCGUCUUCUCUAGCCCAUGUCAACACCUUGACCUCUAA